AUGCAAGUCCCAUCAUCUUCGACUGCUGGUAAUGGAGGUGGAAAUAAUCAUCAACAACAACCACUCAAUAAUGGUGUUAGUGAAACAACAAUAGCAAACGCUAAACAACCUUAUGUUCAUCAUUUUAGGAUUGCAAAGAAGAAAACAACACUAGAAUUCAAGAUGGUUGAUGCAAAGGAUAUCAGAAAGAAUAUGUAUGGAGCACAAAACAGAUUAAAUCAUCAACAACAAGAAUUACUACUGAAUUCUUUUACUGCUUCAUCAGAUAUGAAUGUAUCACCUAAUGAUCAAAUAUCAACAUCACAACAACAACAUUUGACAUUACCAGAUAAUUCUUCAUCACCCCAAAACGCAACAACAUCACAACAACAACAUUUUAAUCACGACAAAUCAAGAAAACCAAGAGCCCCGAGUCUAUUUUCAACAAAUAGUAAAAUUACAAAGAAGCAACAAGCUAAUAGAAGAAACUCUACUAUUAUGAUAUCAGAUCCAACUGGUUUUCUCCAACAAGUUUCUCCUACGAAUAAUAACUAUCAUCAAGAUACAAACAGCUUUUCACAAUCAUCUAGUGUUUUUGUUUCAUCUAAUAAGAAUGUACAUCCGGUAAAUAACAACAGAAGAAAAUCGACAACAUCCCUAUCAACAAAUGAAACUUCUGCAAUUUUCCCACCAACCACUACUAAUACAACCACUACUAAUCAUCCGCAACAUUCUCACUCACCUAUUUAUAAUAAUACCAUCAACUCUCCUCCUUCAACACCUUCCCAACAACAAACGGCACCAACUUCAUAUUUUACUACAGGUUUUUCAUUCGGCAAUUCCCAAAAAGAUGAAUACACACCACCUAUGGCUAAUACUUUAACAAGUGGAUUUUCUAACUUUAAAAAUUCUAAUGAAACAAACAGUUUUCAAGACAAUUUAUAUGGAGAUGCUUAUGUAAGCACUUUAACACCUGAGCAGAGACGUUAUUUAAUGCAAGGAGCAAGAAGAACUUUUGCAACUCUUCCAAGUAUUGAGGAAAUGACUAGGUAUGAUGAAAUGAGAAGAAAUUCUAUUGAGGAACUUACUCAAAACUUCUCACAAGUUUCAACAUCGGAAUCACCAAAUAAUAAUAAUAAUAAUAGCAAUAACAAUAAUCAAAGAAGGCCAAGUACCGAUUCUCAAAAUAUGUUGGUUAUUUCUGAAAAUUUCAGAAAUGAUCAAAGAUUCAGAAGGAGACAAACUUAUGCAUUUGAUACAGAACAUUUCUCUAGUUAUGAUAACAGUUGCUUAGAAUCAUUUAACUUCCCUUGCAAACCUCCAACAAAUUUUCAACCCCCUAAUUCCACACCAAAUAAUCAUCCUCAAUCGAAUGGCUCAGGCUCAUCCUAUCCCAAUAAUAAUUCUUCUGCAGAUAAUAACCACCCUUACUACCUUCCUCCAUUAUCCAAAUUAAUACACGAAUAA